AACAAGACUGAGAGGUUUCAGUGCAACGUGCACCACUGUCCAGUUGAUUGUCUGUGGAAGUGGAGUGACUUCACUGACUGUACCUGUGAAGAUGGACGGAGCCUUAAUCGCAGGAGACACCCCAUAAUUAUACAGGCACCCAAGUACGAGGGGACACCCUGUCCAGACUUUGUGGUGACUAAUGAAACCGAAGAACUGGAGUGCCGAGAUGAGCUCUGCAAGCAAGGUAGAUCAUGCGAGAGUGGGAAGAGUAUAUGCAACGGAGAGUGCAUAAUAGACAAAGAUAAAGACUGCAUUCCAGACAACCAGGACAAAUGCCCGAAUGACCCAUUGCCAGAGAAAGAUACAGACGAUGAUGAAGUUGGGGACUCGUGUGACAACUGUAGCGAGAAAGAGAAUCCAGAGCAGAUAGACAGCGACUCGGACAGAAUCGGAGACGAGUGCGACAACUGCCGCUAUGUUUACAAUUACGACCAGUCGGACGCGGACGGCGACGGCUGGGGGGACGCGUGCGACACUUGUCCGUACAUAUACAGUCGCAGCAACUUGGACCAGGACAAUGACGGGUGGGGGGACAUCUGCGACAACUGCAUCUUUUACUCAAAUCCGGAGCAGGAAGACCGCGACAAUGACUUUCUGGGAUACCUGUGCGAGGCUGACAAAGAUGGAGAUGAAAUAGUUAACCAAUAUGACAACUGUCCGUUGCUCUACAAUCCGUACCAAGAAGAUUCCGAGAUGGAUGGAAUUGGAGAUGCAUGCCGGAGGACUCUACCUGAGGCAGCACUGUUCUCUGAUGUUCCCCUGCAGAUCCGCUGAGCAGACCAUCAACAGUGCUAGGCUGGAGCCCCCUACAUUUAUUAAGACCGACUUUGUACGUUUUUUAGGACAUAUAAUGCUAUAUAGGACACAAUAGGUUUGAGAGCUAAUAGCACACGUUUUUCGUACACAUCACCCACCAGCAAGCAGUAGGCUUUAUUUGGGGCUCGUAUUAUAAGCACACAAAGAAACUCGUACAUACUUACCCUUUUGUAGACCAUGCAAGAUAUUAUAGUGUUGUUUAUAUAACAUUGUCAAAUCAACUCCAGCUCAAUCAAAAAAUCAUGUACAAU